CUUGGAAGAGCAAGGGUUUGGGGACAGUCCCUAAAGCAAUUGUCAAACCUACCUUGCUUCCUUCACAGUAACUUGCCAUUCGAGUUCGAAUCGCCAUGGAUGUCCCCGAGAUUUCAUCUUCGGCUGCGGGUGCCUAUGAUUACGAUGUUUUCUUGAGUUUCAGAGGCUCUGAUGUGAGACUAGGUUUCGCCGAUGUCCUCUACCACAGCCUCAUGGAUGCAGGGGUUCGCGUCUUCCGGGACGAUGAGGAGCUCGCCCAAGGAGAUUUUCUCCCCGAUGGUCUUCUUCAGGCAAUCAAGCGCUCUAGAAUCUCCAUCCCUAUCUUCUCGAAAGAUUAUGCUUCCAGUAGGUAUCUCCUCGAGGAGGUCGUAGGAAUGCUGGAGUGCCGGGAACGAGAGGGCCACAAGGUCAUCCCGAUAUUCUAUGAUGUUGAUCCAGGAGAUGUAAGAAAUCAGAGGGGGACCAUUGGGGAGUCUUUUGCUUGCCAUGAGGAACGUGGAGUCGACACCGGUAGGAUUCAGACAUGGAGGCAGGCUCUUCAUGAGGUCACGUCCUUGAGAGGCUGGGAACUGCGCUGUCAUGGUUUUAGCGAAGUCGUGAAGCGGAUCGUUUCAGAGGUUCUUCGGAUAUUGAAGAUGGAUGUCUCCGAGAGCUCGUCUUUGGCUGCGGGAGCCUAUGAUUACGAUGUUUUCUUGAGUUUCAGAGGCUCUGAUGUGAGACUAGGUUUCGCCGACGUCCUCUACCAUGGCCUCACGAAUGCAGGGGUUCGCGUCUUCCGGGAAGAUGAGGGGCUCGCCGAAGGAGAUUAUACCACCGAUGCUCUUCUUCAGGCAAUGAAGCGCUCUAGAAUCUCCAUCCCUAUCUUCUCAAAAAAUUAUGCUUCCAGUAGGUUUCUCCUUGAGGAGGUCGUACGAAUGGUGGAGUGCCGGGAACGAGAGGGCCACAUGGUUAUCCCGAUAUUCUAUGAUGUUGAUCCAAGAGAUGUAAGAAAGCAGAGGGGGAUCAUUGGGGAGUCUUUUCCUCGGCAUGAGAAACGUGGAGUAGACCGCGAUAGGAUUCAGACAUGGAGGCACGCUCUUCAUGAGGUCGCGUCCUUGAAAGGCUGGGAACUGCACAAUAAUGGUUUUGGCAGGUCUUUAGGCGAAGCCGUGAAGCGGAUCGUUUCAGAUGUUCUUCGAUUAUUGCAGUUGGAUGUCUCCGAGAGCUCAUCUUCGGAUGCGGGAGCCUAUGAUUACGAUGUUUUCUUGAGUUUCAGAGGCUCUGAUGUGAGACUAGGUAUCGCUGAUGUCCUCUACCAUGGCCUCACGAAUGCAGGGGUUCGCGUCUUCCUGGACAAUGAGGGGCUCGUCCGAGGAGAUCUUCUCCCCGAUGCUCUUCUUCAGGGAAUCAAGCGCUCUAGAAUCUCCAUCCCUAUCUUCUCGAAAAAUUAUGCUUCCAGUAGGUUUUGCCUCGAGGAGGUCGUAGGAAUGCUGGAGUGCCGGGAACGAGAGGGCCACAUGGUCAUCCCGAUAUUCUAUGAUGUUGAUCCAAGCGAUGUAAGAAAUCAGACGGGGAUCAUUGGGAAGUCUUUUGCUGGGCAUGAGAAACGGGGAGUCGACCCCGAUAGGAUUCAGACAUGGAGGCAGGCUCUUCAAGAGGUCGUGUCUUUGAAAGGCUUGGAAGUGCUGAAUAAUGGUUUAAGCAAAGUCAUGAAGUGGAUUGUUUCAGAGGUUCUUCGAAAAUUGCAGAUGGAUAAACCACAAUUACCUCGUCUUUUAGUUGGUUUUGAUGAUCGGGUAGAAGCAGUGAUGAACCUGCUUGAUGUUAAUGCUGGUGGUGUGAGAAUGGUUGGAAUAUAUGGCAUGGGGGGCAUUGGCAAGACUACUCUUGCAAAGGCUGUUUACAACAGGCUUUGCAAUUUCUUUGGAGAUCAUCGCUGCUUUCUCCCAGACAUUAGAGAAAUAUCUAUGAGACCAAUGGGUCUGCUACGUUUGCAACACCAGUUAGUAUGCGAGGUCCUAAGGCAAGAGAAUGUUUUCAUUACAGAUUAUCAUGAAGGCAUUCAUUUCAUUAGAAGAAAAUUUUGUCAUAAAAGAGUUAUGGUAGUCCUUGAUGACGUGGAUUCACGCGAACAACUUGAUGCAUUAGCUGGGGCACCUGAUUGGUUUGGUCCAGGAAGCAGAAUUAUCAUAACAACCCGAAGCCUCGAUGUUCUCGAUAAGUCGGCAAUCUUUGGAAUAUAUGAGGUUGAACCGAUGAGUGAACAUGAAGCUCUUCAACUGCUUAGUAGGCAUGCUUUUCGAACAGAUUUUCCUCCCAAGGACUAUUAUAAUAUUUCUGUUGGGAUUGUUUCUUCUACUGGAGGACUUCCUUUAGCUCUUGAGGUUGUAGGAUCUUUUCUGUUGGGUAAAAGGAAGGAUGUCUGGGAAGAGACAUUGCAGAAAGUAAAAAAAGUACCCUUCCAAGCAGUUCGAGACAAGUUGCAAAUAGGCUAUGAUGCUCUAGAGCAGGAAGAAAAGGAAAUUUUUCUUGACAUAGCUUGUUUUCUGACUGGUGAGGAUAUGAGAGUUGCCUGUUACAUGUGGGAGGACUCUGGCUUUUCUCCUUAUCUUGCUACUGGAAGAUUGUCCAACCAGUCAUUCAUGAAAGUCGGGAAAAAUCGCGAGCUGCAAAUGCAUGAUCAACUCGGAGCUCUUGGUCGUGAAAUUGUACGGGCAGAAAGUCCACGAGAACCAGGGAAGAGAAGUAGACUGUGGAAUCACGAUGAAGCCUUUGAUGUACUGAAAAAGAGGAAGGGAACUGGACAUGUUGAAGCCCUUUGUCUCACAUUUGGUGAUGAUUCAUGCAACAGUUUUACUUCUUCGGAAUUUGAUGGUUUGUCUAAUUUAAGAUUUUUGAGAUUGGAUCGAGCUAGCAUACAAGGAGAUUUUGGUGAUCAUCUCUCAAGAUUAAGAUGGCUUAACUGGGAAGGCUGCAAGAAGUUAGAUGAUCUCCUGAAUUUGCAUUUAGAGAAAUUGGUCGUUCUUGAUCUGUCAAACAGUCAAGUUACUGGAGAUCCAAAUACAUGGAUUGAAGUCAUGAAGAUGGCUGCGAGUUUGAGAGUUUUACUCCUCAAUAGUUGCCCUGAAUUACGCAUUUCUCCUUGCUUCCCAGCUGAAAUGAGGCUGGAAAUACUAAGUUUUGAAGGUUGCACUCAACUUAGGGAGAUUGACCCGUCCAUUGGUAAUUUGAAGGAGUUGAAGUACUUAAAUUUGAACUUCUGUGUCCAUAUUGACCAUCUGCCAGAAGAGCUAGGUUUGAUGGAAAAUUUGGAAGAACUCUUGAUUGAUGGAACUUCCAUUAGAAAUCUUCACUUUACUGAAGGCUCCUUGAAGCAACUUGAAGUUCUUAGUGCUAGUAGUUGUACAAACUUGGCUCAAAUACCGGAUUCAAUUGGUCAUCUAGAAUCUCUCAUAUAUCUUUGCCUAGACAAUCUGAAUGCAAUUGGGUUGUGGGCAGAACUUCAAGGCUUUUUAUUGGGGAUCAAGGACCUCAAAAUAAAGAUAUCAAACUCCAAAAUUGACAUAACUUCAGGGACAUUAGCAACUCAUUUUGAGGUUUUCUUGAGUUUCUGUACCCAUAAUGAAAUUGCCAGCUCAUUGUAUGAAGAUAUGAAAAGUUCUGGGAUAUCUGCAUUUGGAGUUGAUGAAGAACUCAAUGAAGAUAAAGAGGUUGGCAAGAAGCUUUUCUGGGCAAUUGACAACUCUGACAUCUGCAUACCUAUCUUCACCAAGGAUUAUGCUUCUCAUGUGUGGUGCCUGCGUGGACUCUCACAUAUGAUGGAGUGUCAGAGAUAUUCUGUUGGGCAGCAGGUUGUACCCAUUUUCUAUGAUGUUGAGCCAUCUGAUGUGAAGCUGGAAACAGACUUGUACAUCAAUGCACUGAAGGAGCACAAGGAGAAUUUUUCUGUCGAGACAGUGCGUCAGUGGGAAGAAUCUCUUAGGGAGGUUGCUGAACUAAAAGGAUGGAAAUGUAAAGCUGAAGGUUUCAAGAGAUACAGCAAGUUUGUUGUAAGUGCAACUCUAAACAAGCUUAAGGGAAAACACGGAAAUGUCCUAGUUGGAUUGCAUGGUCAAGCAGAGGAGCUGAAGAGAGUAUUAGAUCUUGAAUCUAGAGAUGUGCUGUUUGUGAUUAUUCAUGGAAUUGGUGGUAUUGGUAAGACGACUUUGGCCAAGGCCGUUUUUGACCAACUCUCCGCUCACUUUGAAGGCUACAGCUUUCUCAGAGAUAUUCGAGAAACAUCAAAACACAAGGGUCUUAAAUAUUUGCAGGACCAACUACUGAGAGACAUACUUGGUGCUGACACUGAUUAUGGAACCAGGAUGAUAAGCCAUAGGUUUCUCGAGAAGAAAGUUCUUAUUGUUCUUGAUGAUGUUGAUGAUCGGGGGCAGAUCAAGAAGCUAGUUGGAAAGUCUAAUCGGUUUGUUGCAGGAAGCAGGAUCAUUGUUACAACAAGGGAUAUCAAUGUGUUGGUAGUUGAGAAUGAAGCAAGAGACAGAUGCUUCGUGGAGUUGCCUGAGGAAGUUCGGCCUUUUAAAAUGGAGGGAAUGAAAUUCAGUGAAGCUCUUCAACUUUUUUCUAUCCAUGCUUUUGGAAAAGUCCUUCCUCCUGACGACUACCUAAUUACAUGUGAGCGAGUUGUUUCUGUACUACGUGGACUUCCUUUGGCCCUUGAGAUUAUAGGUUCAUCCCUAACUCGCAAACCUGAAAAUGUCUGGAAGGCUACAGUGGAGAAAUUGGAGAACCCACUUGAUCAAGAACUUCACUCAAAACUGAUGAUAAGUUAUGAGGCACUAGACAAUGAGGCAAAAGAAAUAUUUCUUGAUAUUGCGUGUUUUUUCAAUGGUAGAGAAAAAUCCACUGCAAUCCACAUGUGGGAUGCUUGUGAACAUUUUCCGGAAGAGAAACUUGAAGUCCUCAUCUUCACGUCUUUCAUCAAAAUUUUGGGCGACAAUAGGUUAUGGAUGCAUGAUGAGGUCAGAGAUUUUGGAAGAAAAAUUGUCUCUGGAGGAACCAUUAUUGAUUCGGCCAAGGGUAGUAGGUUGUGGGCCAACAAGGAAGUUCUGGACGUGCUAAGGAGCAAGGAGGAAAAUGGAAAUGUUCGAGGUCUCAGGCUACACUUUGAUGAAUUUCUGCGGGAAUGCACUUUUCCAAAUGAAGAACUUGGAAGAUUGCUGAAUCUAAGGUUUCUUGAAUUGUCGGGGUUUCCCUUUGCAGUAAAGCGUGGCCUACCAAAAUUAAGAUGGCUUUCAUGGCAUUUUUGUCCUUCGGAUGUUGCGGCAACUAACCUACAUCUGGAAAAUUUAACGAUUCUUGACCUUUCUCACAGUCAAAUCGGUGAUCAUCAGUUGGGUGAAUCGGGCCAACUUGGGAUGGCAAAGAAUCUGAAAGUUCUCAAUCUCACAGGUUGCAAAAGCAUAACCAAAACCCCCAUUUUCUCUGAGUGCAUGAUUUUGGAGAGGUUAAUUCUGGAAAAUUGUGAAAAUUUGGUUGAAAUUGACAGCUCCAUUGGGAAAUUAAAGCAGCUUGUGCACUUGAACCUCAAUGGAUGCAAUUCUCUUAAAGCAUUGCCUGACGAACUCUCUUCAGCUAAUGCUCUGACAGAGAUUGUCAUGAAAGGGAAUGGUCAGUCUUUCAACUUACAAGAAUCAAUUACCGGUCUUACAUCCUUGUUGGUUCUGGAAAUAGAUCACGUGAAAAUUGUCGAUCCCUUAUGUACCGGAAAGUCUGAGAGUCUUGAGCGCCUAACCUUAUCCGAGUGCACUGGAAUCAAGGAACUUCCAGAAUCAUGUCAGUUUUUCCAGUCAUUGGUCAUGUUAGAUUUAUCAAGGACGGAAGUUACUAAAUUACCUGACUCCAUCGGAGAUAUGAAGAAGUUGAAAGUGAUAAAUAUGGAAUAUAGUUUGAUAUCUGAGUUGCCUAAAUCUAUUGGGAAGCUGGAAAAGCUUGAAGAGUUGCUAGCCAAACAUUGCGAAGGUUUGCAAGGAGAAAUUCCAAGUGAAAUUGGGACCUUAUCCUCCUUGAUCAUCCUAGAUUUGUCCUUCACCAGAAUUUCAUCAUUGCCCCCGACAUUGAGUAAGCUCUCCAAUCUCCAGACACUCAAUUUAGAAUUCUGCCAUGAGCUUAGAGAAUUGUCUGUGCUUCCGAAGAGUUUGGUCACUCUGCAUGUCAUGUCUAAGAAGCUAGAGGAGCUGCCGGAUCUUUUGGAGAUGAGUAGUUUGACUGAUCUGCAGUUAUUUUGCGCCGUUGAUAAGUUUCAAACUAACAUCGGGAAGUUAUCCAGAUUGGAGAAGUUGGAGUUGUACAUUCCAAGAAUCAAAACCCUCGAGUUUGGCGUUACAUCUCAGCUCGGAUCACUUUCUUUAUCUUGCCGGGAAAUAGAAACUUUACCCCAGUUGCCGUCAACUUUGUUGAGGUUGUCUGUGGCACAUCUCAACGGAACUAUGAAAUUUCCAAGUAUCAGCAACUUGAAAAGAUUGACAUUCUUAGAGUUCUAUAGCUGUUCAAUGGGCAGCGAUGAAUUCAGAAAUCUGGGAGUUGUGGAGUUAAAAUCAUUGGACCAUCUCUCUGCAAGCAAAUGCAACUUUAGCAGUAUCAGUGGACCUCUUCUGCCAGAAAGAUUGAAAGUGUUAUGCAUGACAGAAUGCGAGUUUCUUGAUGGCUUACUUGAUCUGUCAAGUCUCAAGAGUUUAAUGCGCUUGGAGAUAAUGAAUUGCCAAUUGUUGACUGAGAUUAGAGGUUUAGGAAAACUCGAGUCCGUGGAAGAAAUUAUUAUCUGCUACUGCAAUUCUCUGGAAACAUUGGGCGAUUUAUCUGAUUUGGAAAAGCUUGAAGCUCUCCACAUAGAUAGUUGCGAGAAGCUCGUUGAAGUUAAGGGUCUUGGAAGAGUAAAAUCUUUGAAGCGCUUGGAGAUUUAUGGUUGCAAGUCUUUGGAAAGAUCAGUGCAUGUAUCAAAUUCCAGGUUGAGAAAACGGGAUGUGCUUACAUAAAGGCAAAGCUGGGUCUUGAGGCAUACUAGAAUCCUGAUACUCAAGACAUCCUGUCAAAGCAGGGAGUGUCAUGUCCAGAAUGGCAUUUAUUGCGAGGGACUUCAAUUACAAUAUGAAGGGAAGGUAUCACAACUCCUAUCUGGCUAUCUUCGGGCAUCAACGGUGAGUUAUGUCCAUGAAUCGGAGAUAUUGCCGAAGAGAAGCUAUAGUGCAAAUCUCCUCCACACUUUGUCCAGUGUGCUCAAAUUGGUCCCGUCUGGCUGCUGUCCAUUGGAUCCUCUUUGCUUAUCUCCUCGGGGGCUGAGGUUAAUGGUGCUCACUUACUGAUCAUCCCGAUCCAAGCAAACUGGUUUUGGCGUGUGCCGUAUAGUGAUUCUCAUCUCCCCAUAGGACUUCGCAGAAAAUCUUGUCCAUAGUUGAUAUCAUUUAUAUUUUUGUUUGUUCUUUUCAUGACUGGUCUCUUGUUUGGGUUUCGAGGGGAUCUCACACCCUUUUCACAUGUUUGGGCUUCCGUAC